AUUCUAGAACCAGGCGUGGUUACUAGGAGCCAGCACACACUACACACAGUGGUAGUAGUCUGUUGGCAGACAAGGUGAUCCGAAUCAAUUAUCGAGUUUUAGAAUCCAGAUUACGUAUUGAGUUUAAUACAUCGGGUUGUUCGCCGAUCCCCUCCCGCCUAUCCUCCAUGAUGCGACGGCAGUCUCUCUCGCUCCUCUCCGCGCAUCUCCGCCGUCUACAGCAGCAUAACGGCCACGUAUCAUCAUCUGACGCCACGAUCUCCCUCGCAUCGUCAUUGGAGCCCUCCUUACUAGAGCCUCCCUUAGUAGACUCUUCUCCAGAGCGAGGCCACGAAUCUGCGUCGCCGUUAUUCGCGCUCACCCGUUGGUGGAGUCCCCAAUUCGCGAGUAACCAGGCUUCGCCAUUCGCGUCGCCGACGUCGUUGCAGUCCGUGUUACAACUUCCUUCAGAGCCUUCCCCAGAGCGGAAUCGCGGAUCCGUCUCGCCGCUAUUCGCUCUGAACCAGACUCCCCGAAGACGCAAUCCCUCCGCCUUAGCAUGGUCGCACGGAGCGUGCUCCAGAUCGAUGGCUGUCAGCGUCUCGCCGGUGAACAGACGGUCAGAUGAGGCUUCCGGUUUUGGUCGGCCGAGCGUACUGCUGCGAGUGCCUACUAAGCAGCCAUUGAGAUUGAACCAGCUGCUCCUGUUGUCCGCGAGUUUCUCAACCGAUGCAUCUUCAGGCUCCCCACCGCCGCCCAUGCCGGCGGAUCUAGCAGCAGUGGUGGAGAGGCGCCUCUCGGCCGUCAUGGCUCGCCACCAGCAGCUGGAGGAGCUGCUUUCGCAGCCUGACACGUCAGCAGAUGACCUGGCGAGGGCAGGCAAGGAGAUGAGCGAGCUGGCGCCAGCUGUUGCGAUCGCACUGGAGCUGCAGAAGAAGACAAAGGAGCUCGAGGACCUGCACGCGCUACUAAGGGGUCAGGAGCAGCACUAUAAGGAGGACAAAGAAGGGGCAGAGGGGAAAACGGAAGGGGACAGGGAGGACGAUGAGGAGCUGAGGGCGAUGGUGGAGGAGGAAGCGGGGGUGGUGGGGAGGGCGAGAGAGGCGCUGCUGCGGAGUGCAGUGAGGCGGAUUCUGCCCAGGGACGAGGCGGACAGCCGAGGAUGCAUUUUGGAGGUCAGGGAAGGCACGGGAGGCGAUGAGGCAGCUCUCUUUGCGACAUCUUCCACAUGUAUCAGCGCUUCUGUGCUAAAAGGGGGUGGCAGUUUGAGAUUCUUGAGGUCACGGAGAUUGAAAAGGGCGGGUACAAGAUAUCAUAAAGGGUGUGUUGAGGAUAGAGUGGAGGCGAGUGCAAGCAUAUCAGGAGAUGGUGCAUUUGGGUGGCUGAAAGGAGAGAGUGGCGUGCACCGGGUGCAGAGAGUACCGACCACUGAGAAGGCAGGUCGGGUGCACACCAGCGCUGCCACUGUGGCCGUGCUUCCCCAGGCAGAUGAGGUUGACAUGUCAGUCCGGCAGGAGGAUCUGAGAAUCGACACAUACAGGAGUGGCGGGGCUGGCGGGCAGUCCGUGAACACCACGAGCAGCGCUGUGCGCAUCACCCACAUACCCACUGGCAUCGUGGUUGCCAUACAGGACGAGCUGUCACAGCACCAGAACAAGGCGAAGGCGCUCAAGGUGCUGCGGGCGAGGCUGUUUGACGCCCAGAGGAAGCAGGCAGAGGCGUCACGGUCUCAGUUGAGGCACGGGCAGAUCGGUUCUGGGGAUCGUUCGGAGCGCAUUCGCACCUACAACUUCCCUCAAGGGAGGAUAACGGACCACCGCGUGGGGCUCACCCUGCACUCACUGCCGCAGGUGCUGCAGGGUGAGGGCCUGGAGACGUUCAUAGAAGCGCUGGAGGCAGCAGCAGAGAAGGAGGCGAUUGAUGCUCUUGCCAAGGCAGACUAGGCGGAAGAAACUGGGGCAGAUUAAACUGGGUAGGAAGCUCUAUCUAGUCUAGUCCCUCAGCUCCUAGUGUCAGUCUUGGAGCAGCCCAUGGCACAUAAAAAGUAAGGCAGACCAUGGUUAGGGGGGCCUAUCAAGUCUCAACUCCCCUAUGAAAGAAUUUGAAAGGUGGUGCAGGAGACUAAGAAUAGAAUCUGCAGACACAAGUACUUGAAGUAGAAAGUAAUGUUGGGAGUACCUCCAAUACCAGCCAGUAUUAACAAGUUGUUGUCAAACAUAUAUUGUUUUGUGCUUGUAGAUUGUAUAGGUUUGUGCCAUAGAGGGUACAACUAGCUAGG